UCAUCUUCUUCCCAUUCUCUUAUCCGGUUGAAUGCAAUAAACAGCAAUUUGGCUAUCCUUAUCUACCUGGUGCGUCUGACCAAGGCGUUGGUUGACAAUCCCAAUGUAUCUCUGAAGGCAUACCUACAAAACCUCGUCCCUGGUAUCAUCACUUGCAGCCUCUGUCGUCAGGUCUGCGCUAAGCCCAUCACCGACAACCACUGGGCGCUGCGUGAUUUCGCAGCCAAGCAGCUAGUCGCCAUAUGUAACAAAAGUGGCGUUGCUUAUCGUAUCGUUUACUAUAAAGUAAUUCACUUCUGUUCUUCUGAAGUGUUUGGUUUUAAAGUAGUAAUUUUACUGCAAUUUUUUCUUGCAUCUUAUUUGUAA